GCCCCGGCCCGGCCCCGCCGGAGCCGGCAGCGGGCGGCGGCACGGGCGGGACGGCGCCGGGGCCGUGAGGAGGAGGCAGGACAACAGCAAUACACAAGACAAAGCUUCCACCUUCCCUGCAGCCUCCCCUGAUCUCUGGCAGCUCCCUGUGAAGUGAUGAGCAGAAACCCCUCUGGAUCCCUGGUGAUGCCAAGGUGCUGAUGUGACACCCACCACUGCCUGCUCCUUGCCAGGGCUAUGGGGAAACUGCAGAGUAAAAUCAGCUUCCACACAACCAAAUACAGGGCCGAGGGCUCCGUGGGACAGGCGGGACCCUCUGCUGCCUCCCAGCAGCACAGCCCCGCUCACACCGACUCUGUCACCUCCGUGGCUGCUCUCAAACCAGACCUGUGUGUGUCAGGAGGAAGGGAUAAGAGCGUGGCCGUGUCCAGCUGGAGAUCUGGGGCUGCCCUGCGCCGCUACAUUGGCCACGAGCGCGAGGUCACCAAGGUCACCUCAGCCCUUGACUCCAACAGAGUUUUCAGCGCAUCCCGGGACAAGACAGUGAUGAUGUGGGAGCUUCACAGGACUUCAGGGCCAAGCCAGCACUUCCCAGGACAUGACCUGGUUGUUACUGGAGUGGCUGUGAGCCCAGAUGCCUCCCAGCUGUGCACGGGCUCCCGGGACAACACCGUGUGCAAGUGGGACACUGAGACUGGGGAAUGCCUGGGCAGAGCUGCAAUCUCCAGGAAUCUGGUCACACACCUGUGCUGGGUUCCUGGGGAGCCUUAUGUCAUCCAGACCUCAGAGGAUAAAACCACCAGGGUGUGGGACAGCCGGGAGCUGCAGGUGGCACACACAUUCCCAGCCAAGCAGCACAUCCAGACAUGCUGUGACGUGAGCCAGGACGGGCGGUACUGCCUCAGCUGCAGCAGCGGCUCUGGCGGCCACGGCGCUGAGGCCACCCUCUGGGACCUGAGGCAGACCAGGGGCCGAGUGUGUGAGUACAAAGGGCAUUUCCAGACCACCACCUCGUGUGUUUUCCUGCCCCGGGGCCCCACGCUCGCCCCCAGCAUUGCCACAUCCUCCAGCGACAGCACAGUGAAGGUUUGGGACCAAAACACUGCAGCCUGCCUGGCCACGCUGUGCCUCGAGGGCUCGGGCCCGCUGGCCUCGCUGGCCGCCUGCGACAGCUCCACCCUGCUCUGUGCCAGCUCCAACUCCGGCAUCCACGUGCUGCGUGUGAGCGGCGGCGCAGAGCUGGCCCUGGAGGAGGUGGCAGCGUUCUGAGCACUGGAACCCCGUCAGACACUGUCCCAGGAGGGGAUGUGACCCCAAGAGCUCCCCUGACAGUGGCAGCAGGGACUCUGUUCCUGUGGGAUGUGGCAGCAGGGCUGGGGGAGUUGCUGGGCUUGUGGUUGAGGGAGGCAUCAAAGCUGUCCAGGAGAAAAGCCAAACCCUGGGAGCCUUCAGGCCAAGCUCCUGCUCCUGACUGAGCCUCCCUGCAGCCAGAGGCACGGGAUGGGCAGAGGGAGAUGAGAUGCCAGGUCCAAGGAACAGAUACUUGAGCAGCAGGCUCAGCACACACAGCUGGACCUCAGCUUGGACCAGAGGAGACUGCAAUUAAAUAAUUCUUCUGUGUUAGUUG